CAAUCAUACUGCUUCGUCAAGGCCAUAGUGCUAACUUUCACUUUCGAUCAUACAAUCCGAUCAAGAUGUCUGUUUCCCGAGUGCCCGCUGCCCUUGCCCCUACCGACGAAGAUGUCAGCUUGCUCUUGGCCGCCCAAUGCCACAUUGGAAGCAAGAACUGCUCCAAGGGUAUGUUGCGAUAUGUCCACAAGCGUCGACCUGAUGGUGUCAACGUGAUCAACCUCAACUCCACCUGGGAAAAGUUGAUCAUGGCCGCCAGAAUCAUUGUCGCCAUCGAGAACCCCCACGAUGUCUGUGUGAUCUCUGCCCGUCCCUACGGUCAUCGUGCUGUCCUCAAGUUUGCCUCCAGUACCGGUGCACAAGCUAUCGCGGGACGCUUCACCCCCGGAAACUUCACCAAUUACAUCACCCGAUCCUUCAAGGAACCUCGUUUGAUUGUUGUCACCGACCCUCGUUUAGAUGCCCAAGCUAUCCGCGAGGCUUCUUACGUCAACAUCCCUGUCAUUGCUCUCUGUGAUACCGAUGCUGCUCUUAACUUCGUCGACGUCGCCAUUCCAACCAACAACAAAUCCAAGCACUCCAUUGGAUUGAUCUGGUGGUUCUUGUGCCGCGAGGUUCUUCGUCUCCGAGGCUCAUUCCCUCGAUCAGGUGACGGAGCUUGGGCCGUUAUGCCCGACAUGUUCUUCUUCCGUGACCCUGAAGAGCUUGAGGCUGAGGCCCAAGAGAAAGCCAACAAACUUGCCGAAGAACAAGCUGCUGCCGCUGGGGGUGAGGCUCGUGCUGUUGACUGGGAAGUGACUGGCGCCGGUGCCGGUAUUGCCAACGCUGCAGCAACCAUGACCGGUGAGGUCGACUGGGCCGCUCCUGAAGCCACCACUGAUUGGGCUGCUGGUGACGCCGGUGAUGCUGGUCAAUGGUCUGCUGCUCCCGCUGAGCCUGCAGCUGCUGGAGGAUGGUAAUCAACUAGCGAGCCGUCUAAUUUCAAAAGUACAACGGACCCAGACAUCAAAAAAACACAACGCGGCUGAUUUCAAACUAUUUGUAUUUCUCCGUGCCUUGCAUGUCCUGGCUACUUAUUUAGAACCACAUGUAGUGGAGCAUUCACAUAGUAGAAACUCCAUUCGCCUGGUCGAGAUUUAGCU